GACAGGGUGACGGUGCACCUAAAGGCUGACCACCCAACGUCAGGCUCUCAAAGAAAACGCCGCGAUGGAAGAGAAGGGAACAGAGAACGGAGUGGCAGCCAUGGCGGCCUGCUACCAGGGAUUCGACCCUGCAGCGUAUCUGCAAUAUAACUACACUCCGCCGCGGGCAGAUUUUGAGAGAAAGGACAGCAUUGUGCCGUGGAAACUGGCAUGCCUGCAUCGAGCUUUCACUGAAGGCGAUGUGAAUGGCGAGCUGCUGGUGGACAUCGGUUCGGGUCCCACCCUGUACCAGGUGCUGAGCGGCUGUGAGGUCUUCAACAAGGUGCUCCUCACAGAUUACCUGGAGGUCAACCGGCGGGAGCUGAGGGGCUGGUUCCAGGACGAGGGAGCCAGCAGCUUGGACUGGACACCUUACCUGCAGCACGUCUGCAAGCUGGAGGGACGACGGCCCUCAGCAUGGACAGAGAAAGCUGCCAAGCUACGUCAGGUCGUCAAGGACAUCGUCCCCGUGGACGUCCACCGCCCUCAGCCUCUGUCCCUGGACGACCUCCCUUCAGCAGGGGCGGACUGUCUGGUGUCCUGCUUCUGCCUGGAGAGCGUCAGCCCGGACUUGGCCGCCUUCACGAGGGCCCUGGGCCACAUCGGGAGGCUUCUGCGGGCCGGCGGCCACCUCCUGCUCAUCGGGGCCCUGGGAGAGAGUUACUAUUUCGGGGGCCCCGGCGUGAAGAUCCCCGUGGUUCCACUGAACGAGGCCCAGGUCUGCGCCAGUUUGAAGGAGAGCGGCUACACCCUGAUCAGGCUGGAGGUGUACACACUGCCCCAGGACAUGAGGGUGGGGGUCGAUGAUGUGUCUGGGGUGUUUUUUGCAAAAGCAGUAAAGGAGUAAAAGUUAGAGUGGAGGAAGAGAGGACACACAAAGGGUUAUUAAUAUUGAAAAUGAAAGUGAAGAAGAUAUAUGCAGAUGAAAUUAUUAUUGAUUAAGUCAAGUUGUUUGCUUGAUUUGGCAGAGCUGACGUUUUAAACAAGAAUGGGGUUAUUUAUGAUGCUAAUAAUAACCACACAACAAAUAUUCUAUUACUUCUAUUCUAUCACUAAAAGUAAAUGCAGAUAAUUAUUUAACUUCAUUGUUAUUUCAUUGGUUCAGUAAAUGUUUUUUCUGAGUUUCAAUGAAGAGACGUUUCCAUUUAGAAAUGUAAUUGGACAGCGCCACCUGCAGUUCAAACAGCAGCAUCAAGAAUGCCUCUGUGUUUGUUUCAGGGUAAGCGUUUCACAUCAUGACACACAUGUUAUCCAAGCGGUUCAUAAACAGAAUAUUUUGAUAUGCUUAUUUUUUUCUUCAGUGAAGAGGCUGACAAGUUGCUCGUUCUGUUCAUUUGCGAUUAUAAAUAAACUGAUUUCCAAAUG